AUGUCGUUUCUGAGUACCAACGAAACAGGAGAGAAAUGUCAACGACGAGUCUCACAACGUUGCCAUUUACCACAUACCAGUUUCAGGAUCUGCAGUAGUACCAAUUAUAAUCCAAAACUAUAAUAGUAACCAAAUAAAAAUUAAUAAAAUAAAAUCUGCUUCUAAAUUUUAUUAUUUUUCUUAGAAUCCGAAAUUCGUCGUCUUAACAGGGAAUAGAAAUUGCAGAUCCGAAUCUCGUUUGGGAGUGAGGAAUUAGGAAUUUGAAUGUUGAGAUGUCUGAGAAUCACGUAGCGGAGCUGGUUUCGGAAGCGGAUUCGGAUUCAGGGGGUGGUGUGGGGCGCGACCAAUCAAAUGUGGAUAGCGAACCAAACACUGGUACAAAUCGAGACCAGCAGGGAGAGCGUGUUGAUAUUGGGGAACCUGAUGAUGAAAAGUCCGCAGAGGAUACUGCCAGGGAUGACAUGUUUGUUGAUUGUCCCGAUGAGUUAAUCGGGCACAAGGAUGACGAGGUUUCAACUGAGAAGAAUGAAGAUGACGGAACGGAGGAAAAUGAAGUUAUGCAUCACCAGCAGAGACAUUCUGUUGAAAUGGGCAAUGGAGUGGGGGAGCCUCACUCCCCAGACCAGCCGGAGAAAGCUGAUGCUGAGAAAGAACGGACUUUGCAGGAAUACCAGGAAGAAAGACAAACUGUUACACAGGGAGUGCUUGAUCUUCAUUAUCAGCUAAAGACUCUCACUGGCAAAGAGAAUGGAACUGAAGUUGGAGAUAGGGAAGUGAGUGAGUUUCCGUUGAGGGAGAUGAUAAAAGAAUGUUUGGAAUUUGUGAACACUGCUUCAGAAGACCGGUCAAACAGUGAAACCACUAUAAGUAAUCUUCGGGAACAUCUGUCUACCAGGGACCGUGAGAUAGAGGAUCUUAAUGCAAAGCUUGCUCAGUUAAUGGUAUCUAAUGAUAAUUUUCAGGUUUCAGCUCAAGCUCAACUUGAAAAGGAUCGUUUUGUUGAGAAUUUAAUGGAUAAGAUGAUAUCCUCUCUUGCAACAGUUGUCACUCAAGAACAAGUAUUGGAUGAUUCUAUUAGUGGGAAAAUAGUUUAUAUUGAAGAAGGCACUAUGCAUUUAAUUGGAAAGUAUAAUCAGAUUCUUUCUGAAAUUUAUCAACUUGGGCAAUCUUUCUCCGAGGUAGGCUUGGAUUCUAAAGAGCAGCAAUAUGGGAACAUACUUGCUGGUGCUCAUGGUGGGUUACUGGAGCUCAAAAGAAAGGAAACAGAAUUGGUUGAAAAACUGGCUCAGUUAGAAGAUGAAAACCGGAAAUUGGUUGAUGAGCUUGAUAAGGAAAAGGUGAUGAUAGGUACAUUGAAUACUGAGCUAGGAAAUUUGAAAAUAGAACUUGAGCAGGAAAAGGUUAAAUGUGCUAAUACGAAAGAAAAGCUUAGUAUGGCUGUUACCAAAGGAAAGGCAUUGGUACAACAGCGAGAUUCAUUAAAGAAGUCUCUGGCUGAUAAAUCCAGCGAGCUUGAGAAAUGUUUGCUUGAAUUGGAAGAGAAGUCAGUCGCUCUCCAAGCUGCUGAGGUUGCUAAGGAAGAGUUGACCCAUAGUGAAAAUAUGGUCGCGUCCCUACAGAACUCAUUAUUAGAAAAGAAUGCAAUUCUGGAUCAAGUGGAAGAAAUCUUGUCUUCUGAAUCUGAUGAUCCUGGGAUGUUUGAUGUGCCAGAGAAACUCAGAUGGCUUGCGGAUGAGAGAAGUACACUGAAGGAAGCCUUCAUAGAGUUAUGCAAAUUGAAGGAAUCUCUAUCUCUAGUGGAUAUACCAGAGCCUGUUUCAUCAUAUGAUUUGGAAUCACAAAUGAAUUGGAUUGUGGAUUCUUGUCUUAGGGCCCGGGAGAUCAUGGAAACUCUACAGGAAGAAAAUUCUACAAUCAUGGAAACAUCCCGUUACAAUAUUGAUCAGUUGAGUAUUACUCUUCUGCUGGAAUUGCAGGAAAAAUAUUACCUUCUGUCAGAAUUAACUGAUUUGAAGUUCAAAUAUGAUGAGCUUUUUGGCAAGAACUGUCAGAUUACUUUGGAGAAGGAUCAGAUAGUCAAUAUGUUAGUUGAUCUUUGUGGCCUGAACAAGGAUGAUGAAGGGAUUGACUAUUCCAACACUUCUGUGAUCAUCGACUUAUGCUUUCAAAUUCUAAAAGGGCAGAGUGGUCCCUUCUCUAGAGCAUCUAAGAUUGAUGCUGAGUUGUUUGAAAGCAUGCAAAGUCUCUUGUACGUUAGAGACCAAGGUUUAAUACUCUAUGAAGAUAUACUGGAAGAGGAGAUGCUAAUUAGAUCAAGUACAAAUAAGCUUUCUGAAGAACUAAAAGUGGCAUCUAAGGAAAUUAUAAUUCUGAAAGAAGAAAGGAGUUCUCUGCUGCAAGAUCUUGAUCGAUCAGAGGAGAAGACUGCCAUGAUUAGGGAUAAGUUGUCCAUGGCAGUUAAGAAGGGAAAGGGGCUGGUUCAGGAUAGGGACAAUCUAAAAGGUCUUCUAAAUGAAAGGAACGCAGAGAUUGAGCAGUUGAAGGCUGAUUUGCAGAAGCAAGAAUCUGCUGUUUCUGAAUACAGGGAUGAGAUCAACCGAUUGUCCAGUGAUUUGGAAGGCAUCCCAAAGCUGCAGGCUGAUCUUCUGGAAAUGGAAAGGGAGAGGAAUCAGUUAGAACAAUUCUUAACGGAGAGCAAUAACAUGUUACAGAAAGUGAUGGAGUGUAUUGACGGUAUCAUUCUUCCGGUUGAGGCUGUUUUUGAUGAACCAAUAGAAAAGGUGAAGUGGCUUGCUGGUUAUGUCAGUGAAUGCCAAGAUGCCAAGGUACACAUAGAGCAAGAGUUGCGGUUAGUGAAGGAGAAUGCCAGUAUACUUGAAAUUAAAGUAGCUGAAUCCCAAGCCACUGUAAAAUCCCUUGAACGGGAAUUAUCAUCUUCGAAUGACAGUGUUUCUCAACUGGCUGAAGAGAAAACAGAAUUAGAACAUCAGAAUGGAAAAAUGGAAGAAGAGUUACAGAAAGUUAAAGAUAAAGUUGCUGAGGUUUUCAGUACCAAUAAGUCACUCGAAGAUGCCUUAUCAGAAGCAGAAAAAGAUAUUUCUAUUCUUUCCACAGAGAAAGAGCAAGCUCAAGCUAGCAGAGUUGCUGUUGAAAGAGAGUUAGAGAGUUUUAAAGAUGAAGCUGCCAGUCAAGCAAGCAAACUGGAAGAGGCCAGCGGGAUCAUAAAGGAUCUGGAAGAUAAACUACAUCAGGUUGAGGGUACUAAGAAGUCACUUGAAGAUGCGUUAUCAGAAGCAGAAAAAGAUAUUUCUAUUCUUUCCACAGAGAAAGAGCAAGCUCAAGCUAGCAGAGUUGCUGUUGAAAGAGAGUUAGAGAGUUUUAAAGAUGAAGCUGCCAGUCAAGCAAGCAAACUGGCAGAGGCCAGCAGGAUCAUAAAGGAUCUGGAAGAUAAACUACAUCAGGUUGAGGGUACUAAGAAGUCACUUGAAGAUGCGUUAUCACAAGCAGAAAAAGAUAUUUCUAUUCUUUCCGAAGAAAAAGAGCAGGCUCAAGUUAGCAGAGUAGCUGCAGAGAGAGUGUUAGAAAGUUUUAAUGAUGAAGCAGCCAGUCAAACUAGCAAACUGACAGAGGCCAGCAGGACCAUAAAGGAUCUAGAAGAUAAACUAUAUCAGGUUCAGGAUACUAAUAAGUCACUUGAAGAGGCGUUAUCAAAAGCAGCAAAGGAUAUUUCUAUUCUUUCCGAAGAAAAAGAGCAGGCUCAAGUUAGCAGAGUAGCUGCAGAGAGAGUGUUAGAAAGUUUUAAUGAUGAAGCAGCCAGUCAAACUAGCAAACUGACAGAGGCCAGCAGGACCAUAAAGGAUCUAGAAGAUAAACUAUAUCAGGUUCAGGAUACUAAUAAGUCACUUGAAGAGGCGUUAUCAAAAGCAGCAAAGGAUAUUUCUAUUCUUUCCGAAGAAAAAGAGCAGGCUCAAGUUAGCAGAGUAGCUGCAGAGAGAGUGUUAGAAAGUUUUAAUGAUGAAGCAGCCAGUCAAACUAGCAAACUGACAGAGGCCAGCAGGACCAUAAAGGAUCUAGAAGAUAAACUAUAUCAGAUUCAGGAUACUAAUAAGUCACUUGAAGAGGCGUUAUCACAAGCAGCAAAAGAUAUUUCUAUUCUUUCUGAAGAAAAAGAGCAGGCUCAAGUUAGCAGAGUAGCUGCAGAGAGAGUGUUAGAGAGUUUUAAAGAUGAAGCAGCCAGUCAAACUACCAAACUGGCACAGGCUAGCAGGACAAUAAAGGAUCUAGAAGAUAGACUAUCUGAGGUUGAGGGUAAUGUCAAUUUAUUGACUGAAAAGUAUAAUGCUGAUCAAGUUGUCAAGACUGAGACAGAAAAUGAAUUGAAGAAGCUGCAAGAUGAAGCUGCAAAUCAUGCCAACAAUUUGGUAGGUGCCUCUGAAACUAUAAAAUCACUGGAGGAUGCAUUAUCAAAGGCACAAGAUAAUGUUUCCGCCUUAGAAAAUUCAAAUAAAAUUGCAAAGCAAGAGAUAUCUUCACUCAGUUUGAAGUUAAAUUCAUGCAUGGACGAGUUAGCUGGAAAGAAUGGCAACUUAGAAAACAGGUCCUUAAAGCUCAUUGGACUCCUUAAUGAUCUUCAGGUGCUCAUGAAAGAUACUACACUAUUUCCCAGAAUAAAACAAUUCUUUGAGAGGAAAUAUGAGACCCUGAAGAAUAUGAAUCUCGUUGUCAACAAAAUUAGAGAUAAUGUUGCCUUGACUGCAAAGGACACAAAAGGACAGCUAGUGAUGGAGGAAAAUACACUUUUGAGAAAAACAUUCUUGGAUGGUCCUCAAAAUUUUGAAGUUGAACUGGACAACACAGAGAUUGAUGGUGCUGAUAUUGACACCAUAAUCUUAUCAUUUGGAAAGAUUGUGAAAGCAUUUGAGUUGAGCUACAAACACAUUGCAGAUAAGUUUGAUGAAUUUUCAGAUUCUAUGGAUGAGUUUAUUUCUCCUCUCCAUGAAAAACUGUUGGAAACUGAGACCAUCUCGGAGACUAUUGUCCAGAACAUGGAAAGUAUGAAAGAAGAAGCAAAUACCAUGAAAAAGUUGAAAGAAGAACAGGAAAAUAUUAUUGCCACUUUACAAAACAAUAUCAGUGUUUUGCUAUCUGCAUGCACUGAUUCUACCAUUGCACUUGAGAGUGAAGUUGACAAGAAUCUUGGGCUACUAGACUCCAUCCCUGAGGUUGAAAAGUUAAACCUUGAAGCAGGUGUGCAAGCAGAUCAUCAUAAGAACAGUAAAUACGUGGAGGCCACACAUAAGUUGUUUAGUACUUCUAGAAAAGCUCAAGCUUUGAUCAGACAGUUUGAAUGUAGAAGUGAGCAGUUAGGUGCAACAAUUGAAGAUUUACAGAAUAAAUUGAAAGAAGCAACAGUUGCUUUUGAAUUAGUCACAGGUGAUAGAGACUUAAAUAAAAGCAGAGUUUCGCUGCUGGAAUCUGAUAUUCAAUCACUCCAAAGUGCUUGCAGUGAGCUUAAGGAUAAGUUAGAGAGUUAUCAUGCCUUAGAAGAACAAUUGAAAGAAAAGGAGGCUGACAUUUCAUCGAUGCGCAAUGCUUUGUUGGCAAAAGAAGAAACCCCCCUCCUUACAUCAUCUCAAAUGAGGGAUCUCUUUGACAAGAUAGAUAAGAUCAAAAUCCCUAUUGUAGAGUCUGAAGAUGACUUGGAGCUACCUACUUCAGACCCUAUGAAAAAACUCUCUUACAUUAUUGAUAGUAUUACUAGGUUGCAUAAUCAAUUAAACUCUAUGUCUCAUGAUAAAGAAAAGCUGCAGUCAAUCCUUGAAAUAAAGGAUCUUGAUAUUAAGGAUAUGAAGGAGGAAGUUAAACAACUCAGUAGAAACUGUGAAGAUGCAAAAAUGCUCAAGAAUGAAUUGUCUGAGCUCACUUAUGUAUUAGAAAAAAUUAUGGAUAUUUUGGGAGCUGGUGAAGGGGUUGUAAAUAGGAAAUCCAAGGGUUUGAAGGAAUUAAUACCAGCAUUGGAAAAACGUAUUGUUGCCAUUCGUUCAGAAUCUGAUGAUUCAAAAUCCAAGGCCCAAGAACUUGAUAUUAAAUUAGUUGGAAGUCAGAAGGUUAUUGAUGAAUUAAAAACCAAGGUUAAACUACUUGAAGAUUCACUUCAAGAUAGGACUUCUCAGCCAAACAUUGUCCAGGACAGGAGCAUAUAUGAAGCAUCCUCAUUACCUACUGGGUCUGAGAUAACUGAAGUUGAAGAGGGUUCAUCACGUGGCAAGAAAGCAAUAUCACCGGUCUCAUCAGCUGCUCAUGUGCGGAAUAUGCGAAAAGGAUCUAAUGACCAUCUUGCACUUGAUAUUAGUACGGAGUCUGAUAAUUUGAUUAAUAGAGUGGAUACGGAUGAGGAUAAAGGUCGCGUAUUCAAGUCUUUAAACACUUCUGGAUUUGUACCAAAACAUGGAAAGCUCAUUGCAGAUCGUAUUGAUGGACUCUGGGUAUCUGGUGGUCGAGUUCUCAUGAGUCGUCCUAGAGCAAGAUUAGGAGUUGUUGGUUAUUUGCUUAUCUUGCAUAUCUGGCUGCUGGGAACCAUCUUGUAGAAAAGUUGACAUCAAACCUACCUGGACUGCUCAACAUUGGAUCUCCGGCGUCUGCAAAUUGUAUUAUAGAUAUAAAGUUGUCUCUUUUUAUUUUUUCUUUUUAUUCUUAAUGAAGCCUAACCCGUUUUACUCAUAUCUCGUCAAAUCCUUUAUUUGUUCUCUGGAGUCACAUUUUAGGGAUUCAGAGAUUCUGGUCUUCAAUGUUUGGGCUCAUAUUUUGACAGUUUUUUUUUUUUUUAUUUUCAAAAUCGAAGCCCCUUCAUUGUAUUGACCUACAAUUGUUUCAGUAUCAUAGUAUGUGGUGGGUAGAAAGUAGGUAGAUGAUUUUUUUUUUGCAUGCCAAUGUAAUAAAACUGUAGAAAGAUUUUAAGGGUGAUUCAUUUAUACAGUGACCAUUUGAAGGAUAGCUCUUCUCUCUCUUUAUCGAGGAAAGCUUGUAUAUGUGAUUUUGUAUGUUUUCAUUGUUUUA